AUGGCGGCUGUCGCUGAACCUAGCGUUGGAACCGACCAGGCGCCGCAGCCCGAGCCCGGCUGCGACCUGGAGCUCUUGAAGGAGUUGGUUGGGCCCACCGGUGCCUGGCGAAGUUGGAGCUCACAGCUGCAUCAUCACGAUGCCGGUUUGGCUCACGCACUCGGCGCCUUCAUCCAGUACCAGAAGCCCAAGAAGGUCAUCGACAUGGGCUGCGGAUCGGGCUUCUAUGUGCGUGCGCUGCGUGCGCGUGGAGUGGAAUGUGAUGGGUUCGAUGGGCACGAGGAUACCAAGGACCUGACUGGCGGACUUUGCUACCAUGCAGACUUCGCAGAUCCUGAGCUGCCAGAGAAGAUCUCCUCCGAAGGCUAUGACUGGUGCAUUUGCCUCGAAGUCUUCGAGCAUGUGCCGAAAGACCUUGAGGACCAACUCGUGGACUGCCUCAUUGCCGGAUGUGGCAAGGGUUUGGUGCUCUCGGUUGCAACCCCUGGCCAAGGAGGUCUUGGUCACGUGAACGAGCAACCACACGAGUAUGUUAUCCACCGCCUGGAGGAGAGAGGCCUUGCUUUGGAUGCGAAUUCCCACCUGAGGCUGCGGCAGUACUGCCAGCUUCCCUGGUUCAGGGAGAACCUGCUGGUCUUCCGGAGGCCAGAGAGCGGUCCCGCUGAGCUGGCGUAG